ACCCUUUGAUCACAUCCCCCACCCCCUCUCACUCUCUAUAGGCCAAGAAAAGAAAAGGCAAAAGGAAAAAAAAAAAAAGAAAAAAGUAUGAGCUCAGUAGUAGGCCCUGAGAGGAGCCAUGCAGGAGACAUGAACAAUAACAACAAGAGUGACCACGAGAGAGAAAGUGGUGGUAGCCAUGAUCAAGGUGAACAAGCAAAGAAGAACCAAAACAAGGUCCCCUUCCUUAAGCUCUUCGCGUUCGCCGACAAAUGGGACUAUCUCCUCAUGGCCCUGGGCUCCAUCGGAGCCUGCGCGCAUGGCGCCUCCGUACCCGUCUUCUUCAUUUUCUUCGGCAAGCUCAUCAACAUCAUCGGCAUCGCCUAUCUCUUCCCGACAUCCGUAUCGCACAAAGUCGCCAUGUACUCACUGGAUUUCGUCUAUUUGGGUGUUGCCAUAUUGUUCUCUUCUUGGACAGAGGUGGCUUGCUGGAUGCAUACGGGCGAGAGACAGGCAACGAAGAUGAGGCUCGCUUACCUUCGAUCGAUGUUAGAUCAAGAUAUAGCCGUGUUCGACACCGAGGCUUCCACUGGAGAGGUGAUCAACGCCAUCACCGCCGAUAUCAUCGUCGUACAGGAUGCAAUCUCCGAGAAGGUGGGGAACUUCAUGCACUACAUCAGCCGGUUCGUGGCCGGCUUCGCCAUCGGCUUCCUCCGGGUGUGGCAGAUCAGCCUCGUCACCCUCUCCAUCGUCCCCCUCAUUGCGAUCGCCGGCGGCCUCUACGCCUACGUCAGCAUCGGCCUCAUCGCCCGCGUCCGCAAGUCCUACGUCAAGGCCGGCGAGAUCGCCGAGGAGGUGAUCGGCAACGUGCGCACGGUGCAGGCGUUCGUCGGGGAGGAGAAGGCGGUGCGGUCGUACCGGGACGCGCUGCUGACGACGUACAAGUAUGGGAAGAGGGGCGGGCUGGCGAAGGGGCUCGGGCUCGGCUCCAUGCACUGCGUGCUCUUCUGCUCGUGGGCGCUGCUCGUCUGGUUCACCGGGAUCAUCGUCCACAAGGACAUCGCCAACGGCGGGGACUCCUUCACCACGAUGCUCAACGUCGUCAUCGCCGGAUUAUCCUUAGGCCAAGCGGCACCAAACAUUUCGACAUUCCUGCGAGCCCGUGCGGCCGCGUACCCAAUCUUUCAGAUGAUAGAGAGAAAUACAGUAAACAAAACGAGUGCCAAGACCGGGCGCACGCUUGCCAACGUCGACGGCCACAUUCAGUUUUGUGACGUCCGGUUCAGCUACCCUUCCCGCCCCGACGUCCUGGUCUUCAACGGCCUGAAUUUGGACAUACCGUCUGGCAAAAUCGUCGCGCUCGUCGGUGGGAGCGGGUCGGGUAAGAGCACGGUUGUGUCGCUCAUCGAGCGUUUCUACGAGCCACUCUCGGGGUCGAUCUUGCUUGAUGGGCACGACAUCAAGGAGCUGGAUGUCAAGUGGCUGAGAAAGCAAAUCGGCUUGGUUAACCAAGAGCCUGCGCUCUUCGCGACGAGCAUUAGGGAGAACAUCCUUUAUGGGAAAGAUGACGCCACUCUCGACGAGAUCAAUCGCGCCGCCAAGCUAUCCGAUGCCAUUACUUUCAUAAACCACCUUCCUGACCGGUACGACACACAGGUUGGCGAGCGCGGGAUCCAACUGUCGGGCGGGCAGAAGCAACGGAUUGCGAUAUCGAGAGCAAUACUUAAGAAUCCUUCAAUUCUCCUCCUCGACGAGGCCACGAGCGCACUCGAUUCAGAGUCAGAAAAGAGCGUGCAGGAGGCACUUGACAGGGUCAUGGUCGGACGGACUACGGUGGUUGUUGCCCAUCGGCUGUCGACAAUAAGAAACGCAGACGUCAUAGCCGUAGUCCAUGGUGGAAGGAUUGCGGAGACCGGAACUCAUGAGCAGCUCAUGGCGAACCCUCACAGUACCUAUGCCUCUCUUGUUCAGCUGCAAGAGGCCGGUCAUCUUCAGCCGCGGCCGUCGUUUUCGGAAAGCGGCAGCAUGGGACGGCCUCUUAGUUUCAAGGGUUCGCGAGAGCUGUCGGGUAGAACGAUGAGCUUAGGAGCCAGUUUCCGGUCAGACAAGGACUCCAUCAGCCGCUUUGCAGCUGAUGGCAACGAUCAACCGAAACGCAAGCCCGUGUCUGCGAAAAAACUGUAUUCUAUGGUCCGGCCCGAUUGGAUUUUCGGCAUAUUUGGCAGUAUAGGUGCCUUCGUCGCCGGUGCUCAGAUGCCGCUGUUUGCUCUUGGAGUAACGCAGGCGCUCGUCUCAUACUAUAUGGGUUGGGAGACCACGAAGAAGGAAGUGAGAAAGAUCGCGAUCCUGUUCUUAUGCGGUGCAGUGCUCACCGUGUUCUUUCAUGUUCUUGAGCACAUCAACUUCGGCAUCAUGGGUGAAAGGCUUACUCUUCGAGUGAGAGAGAGGAUGUUUGGAGCGAUUUUGAGAAACGAAAUAGGCUGGUUUGAUGAAGUGAGUAACACAAGCGCAAUGCUGUCAUCUCGCCUGGAAACGGAUGCAACCCUGCUGCGUACAAUAGUCGUAGACCGCUCAACGAUUCUCUUGCAGAACAUUGGGAUGAUUGUUACCUCUCUCGUUAUUGCCUUCAUACUGAACUGGAGAAUCACUCUUGUGGUCUUGGCAACAUACCCACUGAUGAUCAGUGGUCAUAUCAGCGAAAAACUAUUCAUGACAGGAUACGGAGGCAACUUGGGCAAAUCUUAUCUGAAAGCCAACAUGCUUGCCGCUGAGGCGGUGAGCAACAUUCGAACUGUGGCCGCGUUCUGCUCCGAGGAGAAGGUGAUUAAGCUCUACGCCGAUGAGCUUAAAGAACCCGCAAAGCGCUCCUUCCGGCGGGGACAAACUGCGGGAAUUUUCUACGGAGUCUCCCAGUUCUUCCUCUUCUCUUCCUAUGCCCUGGCCUUGUGGUAUGGUUCAGUCCUUAUGAGCAAAGAGCUCGCAAGCUUUAAAUCCGUCAUGAAAUCGUUCAUGGUCCUUAUAGUGACGGCAUUAGCCAUGGGAGAGACCUUGGCACUCGCCCCGGACAUCAUUAAAGGAAAUCAAAUGGCGGCGUCGGUAUUCGAGGUGCUAGAUAGGAAGACCGAGGUUUUGAGUGAUGUUGGAGAGGAUAUCGCGAAGGUGGAGGGCAUAAUCGAGUUGAGGGGAGUCGAAUUCCGCUACCCGUCGAGGCCGGAUAUCGUGAUAUUCAGGGACUUUGAUCUCAAGAUGAAAGCCGGAAGAAGUAUGGCGUUGGUCGGAAUGAGCGGAUCCGGCAAGAGCACUGUGCUUGCUCUUAUACUACGUUUCUACGACCCAACCGCUGGAAAAGUUAUGAUUGAUGGCAAAGACAUCAAGAAGCUUCGGCUGAAAUCUCUUCGCAAACACAUUGGUCUAGUACAGCAGGAGCCCGCGCUCUUUGCCACGACAAUUUAUGAUAACAUCCUCUAUGGCAAGGACGGCGCAACCGAAACGGAAGUAAUAGAGGCAGCUAAGCUUGCAAAUGCCCACUCCUUCAUUAGUGCCCUCCCCGAAGGCUACUCGACAAAGGUCGGGGAGCGUGGGGUCCAACUGUCGGGUGGGCAGAAGCAGCGAAUAGCCAUUGCGAGGGCUAUAAUAAAGGACCCUGCAAUAUUAUUGCUUGAUGAGGCUACGAGUGCUCUCGAUGUCGAGUCCGAGCGAGUGGUUCAGCAAGCGCUUGAUCGAGUCAUGAAGAAUCGAACCACGGUUAUGGUGGCUCACAGGCUUUCUACUAUUCAAAAUGCUGAUGUUAUAUCAGUUCUGCAGGACGGAAAAAUCGUAGAACAGGGAAGUCACUCAACUUUGGUAGAGAAAAAGAAUGGGGCCUAUUUUAAGCUGAUCAGCCUGCAGCAGCAGCAGCAGCAGCAGCAAAAGCAGCAAUAGAGCUAAAUUGCACCGAUCAGUUUUGCUGUUUUAGUCACAUUGACUCGCGCGGUUAACCGUGGCUCAUGCAUCAGAGCUGAUCUUGCUGGUACAGAAGAGUGAGGUAUUAUUUAUUUACUAUUGAAGCCUCCUCUUGCCUAAAUUUCUCUCUCUAUUAAACUGUUAAAUAUUGUUAAUUCUAGUCACAUAAUUUUAUACGUGAUUAUUCUUUCGCGAUUUGUAACUUGUGUUAUGAAUGUGGCUUGACAAGCAAGGUUUAUGAUAGAAUCUGUGGCUUUUAGCUGGUGAUUGAGUCUCUAUCUCAAUAUUUUCUCAAUAAUUUUUAGUUUUUCUCAUCUGUACGUUUGCAAGGUUGUGAUAAAACAGAUACUAUGAAUUUAACUGUCGUCAUUUAAGAUAUACAAGGAUGGAGUUUGGAUUUGUUUC